CCCCAUCUCUCAACCCCAUAACUCUUACACACACAAACACUUCUCUCUCUUACUCUCUCUCUCACACACACACAUCACCCCUUUAUCUUUCACAAACUUGAGUGAAUUCCAAGAACUAAAAAAGACUAUUAUUCCCCUCCAAGUUUCAAUCUUUCUUACUUAAUUUCAGAAAAACAGGACACCCAUUUGGAGAUUUGCCAACCCCAUUUGGUAAUUCAGCUUAAUUAUGGAAAAAGAUAAGUUUUUCACCAAUGGAAUCCCAAUCCCUGAAUCUUGGAAUUCCAUCUUUGGUAUUGGAAUGGGAAUCCAGGGUAGUGAAGUGAAUUGUAGUACUAACCCAGAGCAACUUCCAAAUUGCUUUUUUAACACCAAUAAUGUUGACAAUUCUAUUAACCAAAGAGAUAUUUUUGAGUCUGCUUUGAGUUCAAUUGUUUCAUCUCCAGCCAAUUCCAAUUCCAAUUCCCACUCUGGAAUUCCAUUUCCAACUAGUGGGAAUGAAAACAUUGUUCUUAAAGAAUUAAUUGGUAGGUUAGGCAGUAUAUGCAAUUCAGGUGAGAUUUCACCAAUCAAUGGAAACAAAAAUUCCUGUUACAACACACCUUUAAAUUCACCACCAAAGCUUAAUCUUUCGAUAACAGGUGGGAUUUCAGUUCCAGUAGGUAAUCACCAAUUACCACCAGCUCCAUUUCCAACAGAUCCUGGAUUUAUUGAAAGAGCAGCCAAGUUUUCAAGUUUUGGUUACAAAAAUGAAUUCCCACAAUCAGAAACUGAAAAUGGGAUGAAAGGACAGAGUACUAAUGGAAGAAAGAGAAAAGAAUUUCUCAAAGGAAAAGAAACACAAUCUAGGAAUAGUACUAAAGAUGAUGCCAAGGUUGUGGCAGAAGUAGAAAAAGAGGAAUCAGAUGCAAAAAGAAGUAAGUCAAAUGAAGAAAAAAAGGAAAAUGAGAAGCCAAAAGAAGCACCAAAAGAUUAUAUCCAUGUUAGAGCUAGGAGAGGUCAAGCAACUGAUAGCCAUAGUCUUGCAGAAAGAGUGAGAAGAGAGAAAAUCAGUGAGAGGAUGAAGUUUCUUCAAGAUCUUGUUCCGGGUUGUAACAAGGUCACAGGAAAGGCUGUUAUGCUUGAUGAGAUAAUAAACUAUGUACAGUCAUUGCAGAGACAAGUUGAGUUCUUGUCGAUGAAAUUGGCGACUGUUAAUCCUAGGAUAGAUGUGAGCAUGGAAGCACUUUUAUCUAAAGAUUUUUUGUGCAACAUUCAGAUGUUUCGCCCUAGGGUGUCUGCAACAAAUGGUUUGAACCCUUUUGAUGCCUCAAUGCAGCAAUUUCCUUACGGAUUUCAACCUCAAAAUAGUGUCAUAGUUCCUGAUGGACCCGAAACUCAAUUUUCCAUGAACCCUUUGAUGGCAGCAAUGCACCGUAAUUCAAUCAUGAAGUCAUCUCACAUUGAUGGUUUUGGUGAGGCUUCAACAUUAUGGGAAAAUGACCUUCAAAGUGUUGUAAAGACGGCAUUAGGCCAGGAUCAGCCACAAAGCUUUCAUGGUCAAAUGAAAGUUGAGCUAUGAUAAUGAAUCAACUUUACAUUAAAAUUUUAAAAAGUCAAUGAAGCCCCAAGAGAGGCAUAUAUAAUUCUGUAUAGAAAGAUAGAAGACACAUUGAUGGCUUCAUCAAGAAAUUGAUUGUAUGCAAGAAUCUGGUGGUGGCUGCGGGCUGGGGGCUGGCCGUGGUGGUGGCUGGUAGAGCAUUGUACAAUUAGUAACUAGUAAGAUGUUGUAACAUGGUGAAAGAAAUAUUGUAGGGGUGGAUGAGAGAAAAAUUAGUUCCUUGUUCAGCCUUUUUUUUUUUUCUUAUUUUCCUUAUCAAUUUUUUUUUAAAAUUAGAAAGUUUAAUCAUUUUUCUCUUGAUUUAUUUCCCAACGUUUGAUUGGUUCUACUCUGUAAACUCAUAUAAUUACUCUGAAGUCUAAACCAUGAAAUAUAUGUUAGCAUUUGUUGAGAUA